AUGGAGGCUGUGUCCGUGGUGGCGGAGCUGGAAGGUGCUCUCCUCAGGGACGGUGACCUAUUUCCAUACUUCAUGCUCGUGGCCUUCGAGGCCUCUGGCUUGAUCCGGUUUACACUGCUCCUCCUCCUCUGGCCCCUCCUCCGCCUCCUCCGUGCCGCCGGCCGCGGCGAGCUGGCCCUCCGCGUGAUGGCUGUUGCCGCCAUCGCCGGCGUCCCGGUGGCGGAGGUGGAGGCGGUGGCCCGUGCGGUGCUGCCCAAGUUCUUCCUGGACGAGCUCGACGCGGCGGCGUGGCAGGUGUUCGGGUUGGCGGAGAGACGGGUGGUGGUGACGGCGAUGCCACGGGUGAUGGUGGAGUGGUUCGCCAGGGAGCACCUCGGGGCGGAGGCGGUGGUCGGCGCCGAGUUGGAGGUCAGCCAUUUCGGGUUCACCUUCGGCUUGCUCAAGAGGAAAUCACUCUCCGUCGCGGACCAGGUUAGAGCCCUCUUUAACGACGGCGAGGGGCCCACCGUUGGGCUCGGCGGAACGGGAACUGCGUCCUUUCUUCAUCUAUGCGAGGUGAUAAGCAUCUCUCUCUCUCUUUCUCUCUCUCUCUCUGUAUGUAUGUGUCUAUCUAUAUAUAUGUAUAUAUAUAUAUAUGCAAACAUUAAGAUAUCUCUAGAAUAAUGUUUGCGAGGACUGCUGGACAUUCGGGGAGAUAUGAUCGGCCACGUCUGCCCUAAAAAUUUCAACUCAACCGUGGCGGUGAAAGAAAUCCGAGUCGUCGUCUUCUACGACAUAUAUAUACAUAUAUAUAUAUAUAUAUAGAGAGAGAGAGAGAGAGAGAGAGAGAGAGAGAGAGUCGUCUUCUGACGGGAGUUGAGGAUUGUGAUGCCAUGCAGGAGCAGCGCCACGCCCCGUUCGUCCCCGAAUUCAACCCUAGCAAAGAGAAGUCCCCCCGGCCCAAGCCGGUCAUCUUCCACGACGGCCGCCUUGUCCCCCGGCCGACGCCGCUCACGGCGCUGCUGAUCGUCCUCUGGAUCCCCCUCGGCAUCAUCGCCGCCCUCGUCCGCAUGCUCGUCGGCAUCGUCGUCCCCCUCCGCUUCCACCCGCACCUCGCCCGCGCCUUCGGCGGCGACCUCGUCGUGCGGGGCCGCCCGCCGGCGGCGGCCACCGAAACCACCAGCGGCGUCCUCUUCGUGUGCACCCACCGCAGCCUCCUCGACCCCGUCGUUCUCUCCACGGUCCUCGGUUGCAACGUGCCCGCCGUCACCUACUCCAUCUCCCGCCUCUCGGAGAUCCUCUCGCCGAUUCCCACCGUGAGGCUGUCCCGGGACCGGAAGGUGGACGCAGACCGAAUCAAGGCCGAGCUGGCGAGGGGCGACCUCGUGGUCUGCCCGGAGGGGACGACUUGCAGGGAGCCCUUCCUGUUGCGAUUCUCCGCACUCUUCGCCGAGUUGACCGACCGGAUCGUCCCCGUGGCCAUGAACUGCAAGGUGGGGCUCUUCCACGCGAGCACUGCCAGGGGGUGGAAGGCGCUCGAUCCCAUCUUCUUCUUCAUGAACCCGCGGCCCAUCUACGAGGUGACGUUCCUCGAGCAGCUCCCCCCGGAGGCGACGUGCGCCGCCGGGAAGAGCCCCCACGAGGUCGCCAACCACGUCCAGAAGAUCCUCGCGGCGGCGCUGGGCUACGAGUGCACCACCUUCACCAGGAAGGACAAGUACGGUGUGCUCGCCGGCAACGACGGCACCGUGAAGCCCUUCUCCCUGGCCUCCGCUCCCGGCGGCGGGUGGCGGGGGCUGGGGAUGGGGCUCUUGCACCGGCGAGGCCUCGACCGGGGGACCCCUCAGUCUCCAUUAACCUGA